GUACAGUGUGCAUUAGCAAGGCGGCGUUGAUGUUAUAAAGCGGUUAUUUAAUCAUUAUUAUGUGAUUAUAAGAUGAAUUCCGUGUGAUUUCUGGUGAUCUGUUUGUUAUAGAUGUUAUAGCGCGUUAUAACCGCUGCUCUGUGGAACUGGGUUUGAUUAAUAACACCGCUGUGACCGAUUCUAUGCUAAGCUAGCCGGGCCGCGCUGCAGCAUGUUUCCCGGCUGGAUGGGCAUGUUCGGCGGACCGGGAGCGCAGCCUCCUCCCCGGAAUAACGCUCCACCCCGCGGCCCGCAGCCUGCCCCGGGUCACGGUGCGUACGGAGCUCCUGCGGCCAACUUCUCCAGCCUCCAGGAGCAGCACCUUCAGCAGAUGCAGCAGCUCCAGCAGCUCCACCAGAGGCAGCUCCAGUCCGUCCUGCACUACAACAAUAACAACAGCAGCUUCAGCAGUGCUGCUCCACCGUGGCAUGGAGCUCCUGCUCCUGGGUUCUCCUCUGCUCCUCACCCCAGAGCUCCUGCUCCACCUGAACCUCCCAAAAGCAGCCCGGUACCUCCACCCAAAAACGAGAACAAUCACAAACCACCCAGCAGUGUGGAGAGUGCUCUUCCAGAACCUCCAGCACCUCCUCAAGCUCCUGCAGAACCCACACAGCAGCAGAGUGACCUGUCCUCCAUGUCCCUGCAGGAACAGCAGGAUUACUGGUAUAAGCAGCACCUACAGAACCUGCAGAGGUUGAAGAAUGAGAAGAACAACGCUGCAGCAGAUCCUUCAUCAUCCAAACCAAGUACCGAUGCUUCUCCAGCCCCGCCCCCUCCUAAAGAAACCCCGCCUCCUCCUCCGCCCAGUGAGGACCCGCCGCCUCCCCCUCCACCUGACGACAAGCCCACUGUAGCGGAGUGUACGGACCCGGUGGAGGCGGCGCGGAUGCAGCAGCUGCAGGUGGCGGCGGCUCAGUGGCAGCAGGUUCAGUACCAGAGAGCAGGAUUCCAGUACCAGGCUCUGAUGCAGGAGCACUCACAGCUCCAACAGAUCCUACAGCAGUACCAGCAGGUCAUCCAGCACCCCCCCCACCUACAGUCCAUGUCGGUGGAGAUGCAGUUGCAGCACUAUGAGAUGCAGCAGCAGCUGUUCGCUCCUCUCCUCCAGCGCUGGGAUCAACACUUCAGGCUGUGGCUGGAUCAGUUCCAGUCGUACCCUCACAAGGACCAGCUGCAGGAGUACGAGGGUCAGUGGAAGCAGUGGCAGGAGCAGAUGAGCUCCACCUCGUCUCACCUGAACGAGAGGGUGACCACGCUGAGGACCAUGAAGCAGCAAUACGGCGCCAACAACCCGUACGGAGCCGUGAUGGGACCGUACGGCCAACCCAGGUCUCCCGCUCCGACCAACACUGAUCCCCCGUCAGGUCCUCCUCAGGCGCCUCCUCCAGUACCUCCUCCGGGGGGUACGCAGAGCCACGCAACCGGCCCUUGUGUGACUAAACCGGGCCCUCCUGCCGGACCUGAGGCUCCUGCUGGACUUGGAGGACCUGCGACGCGACCGCCCGGUCCUCACGGAAGGUUCGAUGGUCCUCGAGGCCCCAGGUUUGAAGGUCCUCGGGGCCCGAGGUUCGAUCAGGCAUCUCAGCAGCACUUUGGUGGACCUCGGACAUUCGACGGUGGUCAACGUUUCGGCAUGGCUCCCAGAGGUUACCAGGCUUGGCAGGGACCUCCAGGCAGAUUUGAUCAUUCUCCAAGACAAAAUGCACCAUCUCGCUUUGAAAGACCUGCUGGUCUUCAUGCCGGUCCUCCCUCUGGUCCUCAUGCUGGUCCUCCCCCAGGUCCUCCCCCCGGUCCUCAUGCAGGUCCUCCCCCCGGUCCUCCCUCUGGUCCUCAUGCUGGUCCUCCCCCCGGUCCUCCCCCCGGUCCUCCCCCCGGUCCUCAUGCUGGUCCUCCCCCCGGUCCUCAUGCUGGUCCUCCCCCCGGUCCUCCCUCUGGUCCUCCUGGUAGUUCAUCGUCUCAGUCUGGUCCGGGCUCACAAACAAAACCUGGUCCUGUAAACCAGACUAAACCUGAUCCAGCGCAGGUCCCACCAGCCCAGAGUUUGUCCACGGGCCAAAGCGAGAAGAAACCACCUCAGGAUAAAACCAUGUCGGAUGACGUGAUGGAUUUGGAAGGUGGUUUCUUCAUUCAGAACGAUCCAAUUCCUCAAUCCAAAGGCGAUGAAGUAAAGAAACCAGAUGAAUCCAUCAAACAAACGGUGGAUAAAAAGGAGGAAUCCAGUAAAGACGCCAGUAAACCUGCUGGAUCUUCAUCUUCAUCUGCGCCGUUAAAACCAGACGCUAAUAAAACUCCUCCGAAUUUAAACUCAGAAUCUCAGAAACCCAACAAUGUUCAGCAAAAACCUCCUCAGCAACCAGGUCCACCUGAUUUGUUCAAGGAGCCUCCUGGUGAUGAGACCGGCUCCAUGAAUGCCUUCCGCGGGAGAGGAAGGGGUCAGAACCCCCUACUGAUGAGGGGGAGAGGGCGUGGCCGAGGGUUCCCUGCAGAACCUAAUGGACCGCCGAUGUCUGAUCCCAACCUACACGGUGAAGACUCUUAUGAGCACCAGCCACCGGUGGAAGGGGACUAUGGGUGGGAAGAACAUCCUGAUGAACCACAUAAGCGUGGACCUCAUGAGAUGUGGGAGCCGGAGGAGCAUCACUUCCACGAGGAGUACUACGAUGAUGCCGAGAAUCGUCCUCCAUUACGAGGCUGUAGAGACCCUGUGGAAGGGCAGGAGGAACACUGGCAUGAGGAGCAGGGUGAUUACAGGGAGGAGGGAAAUCCGUUCUGGGCAGAUAGAAGACCUCCCAUGCCUCCACACAGACCUCCUUUUCCUCACGAAGGACCUCGACGGCCUCCUUUCCAACCUCGCUUUAUGCCCCACGGUCCACGACGUCCUCCUCCGCCCGGUGAUCUGGAGCGUGACCCGCAUGGUCCACCUCCUCCUCACAUGGGUCCUCGCUUCAGACGUGGGCUCGGUCCGUGGGGGCCGCCGCCACGCCACGAGAUGAUGGGUCGAGGCAUGAGGCGUCCACCUCCGCCCCACGAGAUGAUGGAGCGAGAGCCAGUGGGUCCGCCCGGAUACAAUGAGGAAAUGGAUCGAGACCCCGCGUGGGCGCAUCCACACGCCAGGGACCCGAGACAUCCUCCACUACCCCCUCAUGAGGUCAUUGAAAGGGACAUGAGAAGACCACCCAUGCGCCCCCCUCCAGGGCCCGGAGAGAGAUGGAGAAGACCUCUUCCACAUGAGAACCCUCACGAAGCCUACGAGCAAGAAUUCCCCAAUGAGUACGGGCCAGAGGACGACGGGUACAGACGGCCCCCGCCGGAUUACCGACGCCGCGAUUACCAUGAGGACGAAGAGUUUUUCCACUCGCGUGAGGAGUGGAGGCGAGAGCACCCGGACCGGGAGUUCCCUCAGCGUCCACCGCCAGAGCACGACCGCUGGACGGACGAACGCGGCCGACCCUUCCCUUACGAAAACGAGGAGCGGCUCCGGGCGGAGCGGAGAGGACCGGAUUACGGACCUCCGUACCGGGACAGAGAUCGGGAACCUCCUUACCAUUCCCGUCCCGACUGGGAAAGGUCUCCGUCUCUACCCGAGAGGGUAUACCCCAAUCCUGCAGAACAACACGCACCCCUGUACGAGAGGAAAUCCGAUUUGGGUGUGGCACCAAACAGCGGCGUUCCAGAUGUUCCGCUGGAUCAGGUGUCGCCCGGUGGAACCAAAGCGGUUCUGGCUCUCUCCCAGCGGCAGCACGAGAUCAUUCUGAAGGCUGCGCAGGAGCUGAAAAGGAUCAGGGAGCUGCAGGAGAUAAAUAAGGUCGGGGGUGACUGUUCGAACCCCGAGUCCUCAUCACUGCCGACUGAACUUCCUCCUGGUCUUCUGGGUUUGGAAAUUCCUCCCGAGGUUAAGACGGCCCUGCAGGCCACCAGGAGCGUUUCUGAAAGCCUUCAGGAUGUUCUCGGGAGAACCUCGGAGGCUGGGUUACCUCAGCCUGGUCCGGUUACCGAGUUCCUCCACACGGCACCACCGGCUCUCCCGACCCCCUCCUUCAUCGCUAAAACUGUCGAUUAUGGACACGGUGCGAAGAUGGAGAGGAUCUCGUACGGAGAGAGGAUCCUACUGAGACCCGACCCACUGCCUGAUCGAUCUGAGCGAUACGACAAAGAGCCUCUGGGUCGUCGGGAUCCGUACUACGAUAGAAGAAGUGACCUGUACCUGGAUCAGAGGGACUACAGGCGGGACCGGGACAGGGAGAUGUUCAGGGACAGACCCGCCAUGGAGUACGAGAGGGAACGUGCUGAACGAGAACGCUACUCCAGAGACGACAGGCCGCCCUUAAGCCCGCCCCGCCCGGGGUACAGGGAUCGGGAUCGGGAUGGGAGGGAACACCCCCGACGUUCCAGCAGAGAUCAGGAGGCGUACGGCGAGAGGUACGAGAGAGCUUCAUACGAGAGGAACACGGAGCGCUCCGACCACGGAACCCCCAACUACAGCAAUGACAGGAAGUUGUACCCUGACGACGCCCCUCGUUCCUCUCCGGCUCCUCAGCGGUUGGAGAAGAAACCCGAGACCAAGAACGUGGACGACAUCCUGAAACCUCCCGGCCGGUCCGGCCGCCCGGACAGGAUCGUGUUGAUCAUGAGAGGAUUACCCGGGAGUGGGAAGAGUCACCUGGCUAAACUGAUCCGGGAUAAGGAGGUGGAGUAUGGUGGUGCGCCCCCCAGGGUGCUGGGUUUGGACGAUUAUUUCAUGACUGAAGUGGAGAAGGUGGAGAAAGAUCCUGAUACAGGAAAGCGCAUCAAAACCAGGGUUAUGGAGUACGAGUACGAGCCGGAGAUGGAGGAGACCUACAGGAGCAGCAUGCUGAAGACCUUCAGGAAGACCCUGGACGACGGGUUCUUCCCCUUCAUCAUCCUCGACGCCAUCAACGAUAAAGUCAAACACUUCGAUCAGUUCUGGAGCGCCGCCAAGACCAAAGGGUUCGAGGUGUAUGUAGCUGAGGUCUUCACAGAUCAUCAGGUCUGUGCUAAGAGGAACAUCCAUGGUCGCAAACUGAAGGACAUCACCAAGAUGUGGAACAGCUGGGAGCAGGCCCCGGUACACAUGUUGAGGCUGGAUAUUCGCUCACUGCUGCAGGACGCUGCUAUAGAGGAGGUGGAGAUGGAGGACCUGAUCCCAUCUGAGAUGGACUCUACAGUGGAGGUGAAGAAGGAGGAAGAGGAGGAGGCUGAACAGGGGUACCUUCCGAAAAGCAAAUGGGAGAUGGACACGUCCGAGGCCAAACUGGAUAAGCUGGACGGUUUAGCCGGAGGAGGGAAGAGGAAGCGCGGCUCAGGCGUUUCGGCUAUAGAGGAUUUCCUGCAGCUCCCUGAUGAUUACGCCAGCCGCCUCUCUGAACCUGGGAAAAAGAGGGUACGCUGGGCCGAUCUGGAGGAGCAGAAGGACGCCGAUCGUAAGCGAGCGAUCGGGUUUGUGGUGGGACAGACGGACUGGGAGAAAAUCACGGAUGAGAGCGGAGAGUUCGCUCAGAGAGCGCUCAACCGCACCAAGUACUUCUAGAUUUACACACAAACACGGUCUGUGCUGGUUACCAUGGUGAUGGAGGACGGUGCGACGGCGUGAUGAAUUACCUGUGCAGUAUAGGACACGCCCCUCGGUGAUGAUGGCUCCGCCUCCUGCAGGAUCUUAAACUGAUCUUAUCCUGAAUGUUGAUAGAUAUAUUUUUUAGUUUUUUUAUUAUUAGUUGCCAUGGUAACGCUCUGCACAGGUAUUAAUGUUGCUUUGAUCUGAGGUGUUUAGUCCCGUUUGUUUUUUAAUAUGAUGAAUCUUUGUGUUACUCCAUGUGACUGUACUCUCUCUCUCUCUCUCUCUCUCUCUCUCUCUCACUCUCUCACUCAUACACACCCAAUAAACUGUUAUUAAACACCUG